AUGAGACCCAUCCUCCUCGCCGGCCACGAGCGUGCGCUCACCCAGAUCCGGUACAAUCUCGAUGGCGACAUCAUCUUCUCCGUCGCAAAGGACCAGCACAUCUGCGCCUGGUUCUCCCACAACGGCGAGCGCCUCGGCACCUACCAUGGCCAUGUCGGCGCCAUCUGGACCGUCGACGUCGAUCCCACCACCACUAUGAUCGCCUCGGGCGCCGCAGACAACACCAUCCGCCUCUGGGAGGUCAAGACCGGCCGCUGCCUCAAGGUCUGGGAGUUCCCCACCGCUGUCAAGCGCGUCGAGUUCAACGAGGACGGCACCAAGCUGCUGGGCGUCACCGAGAAGCGCAUGGGCUACCUGAGCAACAUCGUCGUCAUGGACAUCAACCCGGACGUUGACGCCGAGCAGAGCGACGAAAGGGUCCUCACCAUUGUCUGCGACGAGAGCAAGGCCACCGUUGCCGGCUGGAGCGCGCUCAACAAGUACAUCAUUGCCGGCCACGAAGACGGCAGCAUCUCUCAGUACGACGGCAAGACGGGCGACCUGUUGGACAAUGUGCCCAUUCACGAGCUGAACCAGCCCAUCUUCGACCUCCAAUGGUCUGCCGAUCGCACAUACUGCAUCACCGCUUGCAAGGACAAGACGGCCAAGCUCGUCUCCGCCCGCGAUCUCGAAGUCUUGAAAAACUACCCGGCCGACACACCCCUCAACAGCGCAACCGUCACGCCCAAGAAGGACUAUGUCAUCCUCGGCGGCGGCCAGGCCGCCAUGGACGUCACCACCACGGCUGCCCGCCAGGGCAAGUUCGAGGCCCGUUUCUACCACAAGAUCUUUGAGGACGAGAUUGGCCGUGUCCGCGGCCACUUUGGCCCCCUCAACACCGUCGCCGCCGACCCGACGGGCAAGAGCUACGCAUCCGGCGGAGAGGACGGCUACGUCCGCGUUCACCACUUCGACAAGGGCUACUACGACUUCAUGUACGAGGUGGAGAGGGAACGUGCGAACCGCAUGUAG